CGCUCCUUGUUCAACUCACGGCACCAGAAAAAUGUUAGUCGUUCUCUUUUUAAAAAUGGUGUUUGAAUGUUUCUCGGAAGCUUUGUUUAAGUUUCAUUAAUUUUGAGUGGCGUUGCGAUGUUGGGAGAGUAAAUUAUCGAGUGAACUUGCACGUAAACGAGACAGUUUCAUCAAUUUCCAAUCCAGAAACAUGACUUCCGAACCGCUACCGAACAAUAUCGAAACCGAAUACUUGGAACUGAACUCCGCCGAUGACUGGCCGGCAUUUUAUCAGAAAAUUCGAGCCAAGAGCUUAAAAUUAGGGGGACAGUGUACGGAAGCGUUGAAACCACAAAAUAAAAUCCUAAAUAGAUAUAGAGAUGUACAUCCCUAUGACCAUAGUCGGAUCAAACUUCAAAGAGGAUCGACAGAUUAUAUUAAUGCCAAUUUAUGUAAGGUUGAGAAAGCUAAUAGGAAGUAUAUCCUGACCCAAGGUCCACUGUCAAAUACCGUAAGUCAUUUCUGGCUGAUGGUGUGGGAGCAAGACAGCAAAGCCGUUCUAAUGCUGAACAAACUGAUCGAGAAGAAGGCGGAAAAAUGCUCCCAGUAUUGGCCCCCUUCUAUCGGUGCCGUAAUCAAUUUUGCCGAUGUAGGGCUCAGUUUAGAAUAUUUAGAACAACAAGACCAUUCGUAUUAUUUAACCAGGGUAUUGAGAUUAACGGAUAUAGAAAGUGGAAAAAGUAGAGAUAUUCUGCAGUUUCACUAUACGACGUGGCCGGAUUUUGGGGUGCCGUGUUCGCCGACGAAAUUUUUGGAUUUUUUGAAGAAAGUCCGUAAUGCCGGGGUGUUGGAAGAGGAAGUGGGGCCUCCCGUGGUGCACUGUUCGGCCGGUAUCGGUCGGUCUGGAACGUUUUGCCUUGUAGAUUCCUGUUUAGUUCUUAUCGAAAAAUACGGCCUAAAUUCCGUGAACGUGGAAGAUGUGCUGCUGGAAAUGCGAAAAUAUCGUACCGGGCUGAUCCAGACGCACGAGCAGCUCCGGUUUUCGUAUCAGGCGAUCAUCGAAGGUGCCAAGCAGUUACUUAAUUCAAAUAAUUCGGACGACGAGUCCGAAUCUAAGUCCAAUCACAUUAACGAUAGCGGCGCGGGCGACUUGAUAGAAGCCGCCGCCAGUUCGGACGAGGACGACGACGAGCCCCCUCCCCUGCCCCCGCCCAGGACUGACAGCUUGAAAGCCGUCCAGAACGGUCUGGCGGACAGGCCGCUGCCCACCAUACCGCAGAGCGUUUCGGAUUACGAUUUGACGUACAAGGAGAACGGCGCAGACGCAGACGAGAUUCGCAUCCCGAGUGGACCUCUGCCCGUUGUCCCAAUCGAUCUAGAGGAGGAAUUGAGCAGCGAAGAUUCCUUGGAAGAAGACGAUGAAGACGACAUGAACGAAGACAAGGGCUCUGUGGGUUCGGAUAGUCCCAGCUCUAUCGGGAACGACGACGCAUCAAUCACCACCAACGUGUCCGAGCUGCGCCAUCGCCGCCGCAUCGAGCGCAAGCAACAGAUGGAGCAGCAGGUGCGCGACAUGAAGCGCCGCCAGCAGGCCAACGAACAGUGGCAGCAACUGAAGAGGUCUCUAUACUUUCCUUUAAUGGUGGGCGGCGCCCUCCUCUUGGGGGGCGGCCUCGUCGCCUACUACUACCUUAAGCAAUAGAAACAGCCGUCGCACGUCUAGCCAAUAAGUCGAGUCGAUCGAGUUACUACUUAAUACGCGUGGCCGCGCGGUACCAACCAUUAUAUUGGGCCGACUAAAGUCCCUAGAGUAGAGGCGGGAAAUUUAAACAGGGUGUCUCGUAUUUUGUGGAUUGUCUCGCUUUCAAGGAGAGAUACAAAGAUGCUGAUCAUUAAAGAGACAAGCCUGUAAAGCGCUCGAAAAUGGGACGCCCUGUACAGUGCUUUCAUUUCGUUUUGUUCAGCUCUCAACUGACUAUAACUUUUCCUGUUUUUAGAGAUAGAACAUGCAAUAAAAAUAAAUUAUGCGGUUUUUAGUCAAGUUUCAUGGUUUAUUUAUAUCAUAUACCGUGCUGGCAACUGUUACUUUUGGGUCGGAACUUACAUGUGUGAAAGUAAAUCGCAUAGGGAUCUUAUUAAGUCGGAGUG